GAUUGGGUAGCCGUUGCCAGGGGACGGUAGCCUUGCCGGCGUGUGGCAGGGCAGACCGGCCAUCUUUUGUGUGUCGGAUUGUGUUUGGAGGAGGCGGCGGCGACGGCGAGUCGACGGGAAGAAGCGGAGAGGGAAGAAAGCAUUGGUGUAUCCUCAAACACUACCCCUGAGCCAUGGUGAAGAUUUUUGUUGGCGGUGUGUCACCAUCUGCUUCCCCUGAGGAGUUAAAGAAGCUUUUCGAAAGAUAUGGUCAGGUGAAUGAGUGUGAUAUCCUCAAAAACUAUGCCUUUGUCCAUAUGGAGCGUGAGCAAGAUGCCCACCGAGCCAUAGGUGAGCUGCACAAACAGGAGUUUUAUGGUUCCCAUCUUACUGUGGAAUAUGCAACAUCGAAGAUACGCAAUGCCACCAAAAUAUAUGUGGGCAACGUCUCAAGCAGGGCAACUACAUCACAAGUGAAGGAGUUGUUUGAGAAGUUUGGCAAAGUGGUAGAGUGUGACAUUGUCAAAAAUUAUGCUUUUGUGCACAUGGCCAAGGAGAGGGAAGCCAUGGAUGCCAUUUUGCACCUUAAUGACACGCCUCUAGAGGACCAGAAGAUUUUCGUGACACUGUCCAAGAGCAACAAUGCACCAAAGAGCUCCAAGUUAGGCUCUGUAACUGUGGUGGGAGCCCCAACAGGUCCACCACCGCCACCUCCUCCUCCACCACCUGCGUAUUACUUUCACCGUGGGCGCCUUCCACCACCCCCACCUCCUUUCUCACCAUUUCCGCCUCGUUCUUGGUAUGAGAGGGAGUACUAUGAGAGGUACACCUAUGACUUCUAUGACAGAAGUGGGCUUGGAGCUCGUGCUACAUAUGAUAGAGCUCUGACUCCAGCAGCGGUAAUGGCUGCAGCUGCUGCCGCACUGCCUACGGCACCUGUAGCUGCGGCCCCUCCAGCUCCACCAUCGAUAAGUGCAGCUUUAGCUCCGGCUGCAUACAGGGACAGAAGCCCCGUAGGGAGAAGAACAGCAGCAGCAGCGGCCGCAGUAAUGGCACAGUAUGCCGAUCCAUAUGGUGCAUCUCAAGCCUACAGCCAGAGUUACAGCCAAGCCUACGCCUCUGCUUUCUCUCAGUAUAGCUUGGGAGCAGCAGGCUACAGUCCCGCUGAGUACUACGAGAAAUAUGCUAACGGGUAUGCAGGCCAGUACAGCCAAACUUAUUAAGCCACACAAAUCCACCUACACCGCCAUUUUCCCAGUCUGCUUUUUUCACUCUCUACAGAGUUUGCAAAGAGAUGAAAGAAAUUUGUUCAUAGUUACUGUAAGUGACUGAUGGGAUUUAGAGCUCUAUCAACCCCAGUAAGCAUAGACAGCAUGAGAAAGGCAGCAAAUGGGAAACUGGUUAAUAUACCGUCUUUGUGAUAAAAAAAGAAAAAUAUCUAUCCUUACAUGGUUAGUCUGAAAUAUAGCAUACAGCAUGUUUCUCCAUAAUUAGGAGUUCACUUUUUUCAUUUGUUUAAUCAUGUGAUUAUAUAUAUAUAAACACACACACACACACACACACACACACACACACACACACACACACACACACACACGUAUAUAUAUAUAUAUAUAUCAUAUAUAUAUACAUACUGUAUAUAUAUAUAUAUAUAUUUUUUUUUUAUGUAUAAAUAUAUAUAUACAGGUUGAGUCUCCCUUAUCCAAAAUGCUUGGGACAAGAGGUAUUUUGGAUAUCGGAUUUUUCCGUAUUUUGGAAUAAUUGCAUACCAUAAAGAGAUAUCAUGGAGAUGGGACCUAAAUCUAAGCACAGAAUGCAUUUAUGUUACAUAUACACCGAUACACACAGCCUGAAGGUCAUUUUAGACAAUAUUUUUUAUAACUUUGUGCAUUAAACAAAGUGUGUCUACAUUCACACAAUUCAUUUAUGUUUCAUAUACACCUUAUACACAAAGCCUAAAGGUCAUUUAAUACAAUAUUUUUAAUAACUUUGUGUAUUAAACAAAGUUUGUGUACAUUGAGCCAUCAAAAAACAAAGGUUUCACUAUCUCACUCUCACUCAAAAAAGUCCGUAUUUCGGAAUAUUCCGUAUUUCGGAAUAUAUGGAUAUGGGAUACUCAACCUGUAUAUAUAUAUAUAUAUAUAUAUAUAUAUAUAUUUGCAUGUAGAAGUGGCACUCUGGGAACAAUACUAAUGCCAGGGUGCCUUCCAAAAUAACAGUCAAUACAAUACCAAAAUCCUAGGAAGGAAAAGCGAAAAGCGGCACUCAUCCUGUCUUAAGAAAGCACCUGAUGAAAAGGCCCCUGUGGCCUUGAAAUGUCGUGAGGAUAAACUGCACCUAUUAUUGCUUUCUUAAGAGUGGAUGAGUGCCGCUUUUCGCUUUUCCUUCCUAGGAUUUUGGUAUUAUAUAUAUAUAUAUAUAUAUAUAUAUAUAUAUAUAUAUAUAUAUACACACACACACAUAUAUACACACUCAUUGAGCAGUUGACUUGUAAACUAUAACUGUCACACCGUAUGUCACGUGCAAAAAGUAUUGCUUAGGUUCUCUUGAUGAUAUAGUAUAUUAAACACGAGCACCGGCGCUGAAGGUUAGCUAAUAAACAGUGACUUGGAAAACAAUAUAUUCAAUACACUGCACCAGGACUAAGCAGCCUUGCAAAUGUACUUUGUCAACUACUGACUGUUUAGUAUGACGUAGUUGUUGAGUGAUUUUAACAUAAUAUUUAAGUUUGUAUAAAGCUAGCACAUGGCAAAGCACAUGAAAAGCCAGCAUAAAGGAAUACAUAUUUUUUCCUAUAAGACAGGAGGAAUGUAAUGCUGGGUACAUACUGGCCAGUAUAUCUGCUGUUUAAUUGAACAGCCAAUAUAUCUUGGGUGCAUCGUUCACAGACAUAUUGCGUUGGCCCGGAAGCACAACUGAUGGUCGAUAUUUCUGCCACGCAUUGUGUUGUGUGCACGGGCAUUCGGCAAUUGCUGCGGGGGCCGACAUCACAGCUGGGCAGGCAAAUUCAUAUGCCCAUCCAGUUGCAUGAUGGGGAAUCACAUAUUGAGUGCUGAUCAAGAGUGUACACUUACCAUGAUCGGCUGCUCGGUCGGCGUGCCGGCGGGGCCACCGACAUAUCUGUCUGGUGUGUACCCAGCCUAAGAAAACACAACAGGCCAAUCAUCUGUAGUAAACUGCAGGAUGCAGAGGGCAAAAGCUGGCUGGUUUUGUAGUUGACAAGAAGCAACACACCAGAACAGGGAAAACACAUAGAUUAUGUAGGGUUUUAUGAUGAUUAUGCUGAUUAUGAGAUCAGUAAUAUGUACAUAUUGUAGUGCUGAAUAAUAUAUCACAGGCCUGGUUUAACAAUAAAUCAAUACGUUUUAACAUAUAUAUAUAUAUAUAUAUAUAUAUAUAUAUAUAAUGAAAACAACAUAAUGUGUAUUGUUUAUUUUUAAGUUACAAACACAAUAAGUUUAAAUAUCACAGGUUAAAUAGGCAAAGUAUGUAAUACAUUAGCAGGCAGCAGUAGGGCUGUGGGGAGAGAAUGGUUUUGAAAUCCUUAUAAUAAUCUAUUCCUGUAGUCUCGUUUUAUAAUGUGAUCUGAUCUUCAUGUAAGAUUUAGCAAUAGAUAAAGAAAAAUCCAGACAACAAAAUUCCCAAUAACAUAAGGGGUAAUUCUGAGUUGAUCGCAGCAGGAUUUCUGUUAGCAGUUGGGCAAAACCAUGUGCACU